AUGGAUUCUACGACUCUGUUACCAACAUUCUUCGAUGUGGAUCUGACAAUAUCACAUAUAGAAUGUUUUCCCAAGGACAUUCUGGUGAAAUUUCAAGGCAGAAAUAAUAUUGAAUGUGAGUUUGACUACCAUAUAUUACAGAGGGAAAUCCAGCAUGUUCCAAAAGUAAAAGGUAAUGUGGACAUUGAUGAAUUUUGUUUGGUAGAAGAGAGAGCAUCUGGAGAAUGGCAGAGAGGAAGAGUCGUGGGAAAGAAAAAUGAACUCUACACAGUGCUCCUCAUAGAUCGUGGCGAAGAGCUCAGAGUCAGAGGUACACAGGUCGCUUCAGCCUGUGGCAACUUAUUUGAGCUACCACCGCAGGUAGUAUUUGGUGUUUUUGCCAACAUACUACCAAUUGAGGAAAAAUGGUUUCCAAAGGCUUUGAAUUAUUUCAAGUCAUUAGUAGGACUCCAAGUGAAAGGUUGUGUACAAGCUAUUUUGCCUCUUCAAAUGAUUCUUCUUGAAGUGCCAAAAAUUAUGUCCCAGGUUCUUGAAUUACAGUUAGGAAGACUUACUGACGGGGAUUCCUUUCGUCUUAUUGUGGAAAUGUUAAAAGAAUUCCCACAGCAAAUACCAGAUUUAUCAAAACCUAGAAGACCUGAAUUACCUUUAAGUAGUAAUGAUAACUUACUUGAUACUCACCAUGUCCUGGAUAAUUUGCAGCCGUCUUUGUCAGUAGGCGGUAUUGAAAGUGUGAAGGUAUCAUCUGCAUUGAGCCCAAGUAAAUUUUAUUGUCAACUGACUAAAUGGAUGCCAGAGUUAGAAAACUUGACAGUGUGUAUGACUUUGCAUUAUGACAUUGUCAGUCAAGAAAACAGUUCCACGUGUGAUAAUUUUGGGCUAUUUUGUGUUGCCAAAAGGAGAAACGGACAGUGGCAUAGAGGAAUUCUCCAGCAUCUCUUGCCCGAUAAUCAAGUGAAAAUUUGGUUUAUGGAUUAUGGCAGUAGUGAGGCUAUUCCUUCAAUUCAUGUAAAGAAACUAAAACAGGAUUUUAUUUUAGUACCAUUAUUUUCAUUUCCAUGCUCUCUGACAUAUUUACAUAGUCCAGAUAGAGAUGCAAGAAAAUUUCAACUGAGUAUAUUUAAACAAGCCUUAUUAGGAAAAAUAGUAUAUGCACACAUUGAUUGGUUCAAUAAGGAUGAGCAUUUGUAUUAUGUAACACUACAGACUCAAGAGUCUGUGGUUAAUAAGUGUCCACUGAAGACUCUAGGCACCCAAGUACUUUGUCCAGUGUCUGAUUCAAAACUCUCGAAUAUGUUCAGAAAGACAGGUGCUUCUGGUAAAAACAGCUUUGCAGUUGAGAGUUUUAUUGGAAAUACUGAACAGUCGAUAGACUUUCUAAAUAAAAAAGACACUUUGAAUGUAAGUCUUCCUAUUAAAACUGUAGAAAUGGAGAUAGAGACCGUCUAUGUAGCUUGGGUAGCGUAUGUUCUAAACCCAUCAAAUUUCUGGGUACGAACUAAUGAACAUCAAAGUGAAUUUGAAGAUCUAAUGAAAAAUAUAAACAAAUUUUAUGACUUGUGUGAAAACGAUGACUUGAUUCUGAGAAAUCCAGAAUCUGGAUUAUUUUGUUGUGCUAGGUACAGCAAAGACAGAUGUUUUUACAGAGCUGUUGUUACUGAAAUUAAUGGUCAUAAGAUUAAUGUUUACCUUUUGGAUUAUGGGAAUACUGAUUCCAUACCAUUUUUUGAUGUAAAAAUUUUGCUUCCAGAGUUCUGUGAACUGCCUGCCUUAGCCAUGUGCUGUUCACUUGCACAUUUAUUUCCUGUUGAAGAUUUAUGGGUAAAGGCAGCAAUUGAUUAUUUUAAAAAAAUUGUCUCGAACAAAGCAAUUUUGCUUCAAGUUAUAGCAAAAAAAGAUGACAAGUAUACUGUAAAAAUGCAGAGUAUUGAAGCCUCAGAAAAUAGUGAUGUUGUCUCUCUCAUGUUACAAGCUAGAUAUGCAGAAUAUUGGGAGGUAGAACCAGAGUAUUAUCCAGAAUCUUUAAGUGAAUAUUCAGUGUUAAAUAUAAAAUCUAAAAACAAAGUUAAAAUUAAGCAAGUCUUAUCUUCCCUUCUUGAAGGGCCUAAACCUGAAAAUUACUAUUCAAAUAAACUAAAAGAAGGAAACUUGUCUUCAUUAAAGUCCCCAGCUGUUAAUUUCUCAGAUAUAAAAAAUCCUUUCACCUUGUCUGUGGGACUUGACUCACCAUGUACUUAUAAAGAAUAUAUAUUUAAACCAGGCACAGUCCUUGAAGUUAAGUGUUCUUGUUAUUAUGGCCCAGGUGACUUUUCAUGUCAGCUCCAGUGUAAGUUAGAUGACCUAAAAUUACUAAUGGAACAAAUUCAGAAUUACUAUAGCAGUCAUUCUGAUCCUUACCAGGUUGGGCAGAUUGCUUGUGUGGCUAAGUAUUCCAAAGAUGGGAAAUGGUAUAGAGCUGCUGUUUUGACUCAAGUAUUGAAAAAAGAAGUUGACGUAGUAUUUGUUGAUUAUGGUUACCAGGAAAGAGUUUUAUUUAAAGAUCUUUGUGCUAUUAACCCACAUUUUCUCUUCUUAGAAGGCCAAGCCUUUAGAUGUAGUCUUAACCAUUUAGUUGAACCCAUUAGUUGUAAAUUAUUCAGUUGGACAAGAAAAGCAUGCAGAGACUUUGGGGCUUUUAUUUCUUCAUCUAGAGGGUCAUUGACGUGUGUCAUCUAUGCCUUAGUUCUCAUUCAUCCAAACUCUUUAUGUAAUUUAGUGGAGUUACAAUCUCCAUUUACUAGUGCAAAAGAAUUUCUCAUUAAUCAUGGUUCUGCACAGUAUAAUACAUCAUCAAAGCCAUUCCCAUCUUCAGUUAGUCUUUAUAGUUACUGUUAUUCUUCCUUUAAUAUAAAAAUUGGAAGUGAGGAAGAAAUAUAUAUAUCUCACAUAUAUAGUCCCAAAAACUUUUAUUGUCAACUUAGUAGAAAUUAUAAAGACCUAGAGAUGAUAGAAACAAAAAUCACAGAGUUUAGUAACCUCAAAAAUUGUUCAAAAUAUGAUCCUAGUAAAAUGAGAUUAUGCAUAUCUAAGUACACAGACGAUGGUUUCUUUUACAGAGCUCUAGUAAUGCCAACAGAUUCAUUAUCUGACUUUCUGGUCUAUUAUGUGGACUUUGGAAAUAAGCAGUUAGUUAAAGGAAGUAUGUUGAGGGCUAUUUCGGAUGAGUUUCCAGAGUUGUUGUUUAUACCUAUGCAAGCUAUUAAGUGUUUUUUGUCAGAUCUUAGAGAUGUAGAUAUUCCAGCAGAAAUCAAUAGUUGGUUUGAAGAUAAUUUCUUGGGAAAACCAUUAAAAGCAAUAGUAUCAUCCAGGGAGUCAGAUGGCCAGCUAGGUGUAGAAUUGUAUGAUGGGUAUGAACAUGUAAACCAGAAAAUUAAAAUGUUGCUUCAUACUUGCAGAGAAAAACAUUGCAACCAAGCGCACUGUGUGGGAAAGGGUUAUAAAAUAGAUAAGAGACUUCCUGUUUCUUUGAAAGGCAAAGUAGAAAAUGAUCAGUUAAUGAACCCCACAGGUAUAUAUGCCAGGUUUUUGAAACCAUCAGUUUGUUAUAACAUUGAACCUGUAUCAGAAAACAAAAUGAAGUCUUUGAAUGAUGGACUUAAAAAUACAGAUGUAAAUAUUAUCCCUGGAUCUGCACAUGUUCUUGAUGAAAGGGAUGUGGGCCAGAAAUCGGUGAAGGUUGUACCACAGUCUUGUAUCAGAGCUUUAAAUCAACCAGCAUCUCAAAACCCAUGUAAUAUUACUAGACCACAGAUCAAAGACCUUCCUCCACCCAAAAUUGACCUGAAUGCCAAAGUUAAAGGAUAUGUUUCUAACAUCAGUAAUCCAGCAAGUUUCCAUAUUCAGCUUGCUGAGAAUGAAAACGUCAUCAUCAAACUUACAGAGGCUCUAAAUGAAAGCAGAGCAAAUAUAGCAAAAGAGAGAAAAUCUGUUAAAUUUAUGGUGGGAGAUCUUGUAGUUGCAGAGGACUCUGGUGCCAAGACUAUGUACAGAGCAGUUAUUAAGAAAAUUUUGUCAGAAAGUUCUUUUGAAGUGGAAUUUAUUGACUAUGGCAACACUGCAGUAGUAGACACAGCUAAAAUUUUUGAACUUAAGAGGGAAUUCUUAACUAUUCCUCAGCUGGGAAUCCAUUCUUUUCUCAGUGGAUUAAAGUGGAAUGAUCCUGAUAAAAUAUGGGACAGCAAAACUGUGGAUUAUUUUGCUUCAAGAGUAACUAACAAAACAGUUUCUUGUGAAUUUUUGCAAAAGCAUGAGCAGAAAUGGGAAGUAAAUGUAAUUUGUGCUAAAAAAUGUAUCAUUAAUGAGCUACUGAAAUGGACAGCAUGUUCAAAACUACAGAAAACAGCAGUGCAAAUGCCUCAGGUUGGCUCUAAAAAAAUGAGCCCUGGUAAAAAUAAGAAGAAUAGAAAAUCACGUGGAUCUGAAGGUUCUGUAAUCCUUCAACCAUCCUCCCAACAGCUGAUUUGGAAAUAAACAUCCUUUUCCUGAAAUAUUUAGACUCUGCCUGGGAAGUAGAAAUUUUGGUAGAUGGCCUGUCACUUUUGGAAUAUUUAUACCUAAAUACAGUUCAUGUUCAAGAAAAUAAACUUGGAUCUUCAGAAAUUUUCCAUGUGAAAUCUCAGACUCCUGUUUUAUCUUGUGCAGUAAGGUCAUUUACUUGGGCACGACUCCAGAAUGGUAGACACUAUUCUGGGAUGGCCACUGCUGUUUCUGAUCCAUCGGACUUUUGUGUUCAGUUAGAAGAUUUUUUUGACACAAUGAAAUCUCUCUUUAUACUGCUUUCUGAUCUGCCAGAAAACUUACAAACAGUAUCUCAGGAGCACUUAAUUCCUGGUUCUAGCUGUUUGUUCAAAUAUGAAAUGGAAGAUCAGUGGAAUAGGGUAGAAAUUUCUGAAGUCUCUGAUCAGUCUUUACUUCUUCUGUUGAUUGACUAUGGAUUUUCUGUUUACAUACCUUCUUCAGAUAUAAAACAUCUUAAAGUUGUUCCUGAGGAACUUUUGAAUUUUCCAAGGCUGAGUUAUCCUUGUAUCUUACAUGGCAUCUUACCUGCGCAAGGGAAACAUUGGAAUGAAGAAGCUCAAAGUUUUUUUCAGGAUUUCCUAAGUAAACCUGGCUUAAUUUUUCAUCUUAGGGAAUAUAGUUUUGAAACAAAACUGAAAGUAGAUGUCUUUCAUGGGAAAAACAAUUUGGCAGAUAUGUUAGUUGCAUCUGGUCUUGCAGUAUAUUCUAAAGGUUCAGAUCAUCUUGAUGCAGUUACUACUACUGGAUCUAACAAAACCUGCUAUAAAUUGCAGAGUAAGCCUGUUUGCCCAGUGUUAGAUCAAAAUUGUUAUAAAAGAGAAAAUACAAGUUGUACAUGCACUGAGAAACAAAAGCUAAGACAGAAAACUAUAAAGAGGAAAGAUGUCUUUAAGAACCUCUUAAGGAAAAGCCGUAUGAGUAAAAGAUUAUAUUCUAGGAAGUUAACGCUGAGGAAGGAGGUUGAUAGAGGAAAACAUAAUCCCCAGAGUACCGUUGCAUUGGAUACGUGUACAGCAACUUCAUUUUGGAAACUACCUAAUGGUUUGAAGAAUGACUCCAAUUAUUUUGAAAACAUUUUUGAAAAACUGUCAACUGAAGGAAUACAGGAAAAUAACAGUGGACUUGAGAACAUCAAUGAAAGCACUGCAUGUUAAUGAGAAGUUGAUAUUAGAAGAACACUUAAAAAGUUAUCUUGGUAUGCAUUCACUUGGAACCCAGCCACCAGGCUGUGAAGAAGUACAAGCAGGGUGUAGAGUGUGGGUCACAAGGUGAAGAACGAAGGCCCCUGGCUCCCGGCCGUGGCUGAGCUCCCAGUUGACAGCACCAACUUGCCCAUGCAUACUUUUGAGAUGAGUGAGCCAUCUUGAAAGUUGGUCCCUUAUUUUUCCCCCUGCAUUACUGAGGUAAAAUUGACAAAUAAAAAUUAUGUAUACUU